CAAUGUUCAUGUCAUAUUGUCAUUUGUCAUUAUUGUCAUACAAAAGUUUUCGUGUUAUUUUGUUGUCCUGGAAAGUUAAUUAGAAUGUCUCUUGCUGUAUUUUAUUAUGGAAAGUUACCAAGCCGAAUAUGACAAGAACGGAUUGUUGCCUGAUACGUUUUGGAAGACUCCACAGCGAGCAGUGCCAGGCAGGCCCUUCCAGAAGAUUGAAAAUAACGAGGUUAUGUCGGGGUCAUCAUAUCAACAGUUCCAGGCGUCAGUGAACGAUGCCUGGGAUCUGGGCGAUGACGACAUUAUCUCCGGCAUCGCGGAGACUAAGAUAUCAAAAGCCAUAUCGCAGACUGUAGCUUUAAAUGUAAUUAAUUCGCACCGUAAUAGUACUAAAAACGUAAACAAGAAUGACGUCAAAAUUGUCAAUGAGAGUGUUAAACCGCAGGAAGAAGCGGUUGCGGUGAAGAAAAAUGAGAUAAAGAGACCAAGCGUGGGGCCUGGUGGUAGUUCUGGGCCUCUUCGUCACUACCCUGGGCGGCCGCGGCCCGUGCGCCCAUCCGCUUUAAUACCUCGCGAAGAAAGUAGCGAAUCUAAAUUAGAACGAUUCCAACAGCUCCUAGAUAGUUCAGUUUUAGAUCUAGAUGAGUUGAAACAACUUAGCUGGUCUGGAAUACCAAUUAAGGCCAGAGCGGUAGCAUGGCGGUUGCUAGCUGGCUAUUUACCAGCGAACACGGAACGGCGUACAGAAACACUGGACCGCAAACGGGCGGACUACAAACAUUUGGUGCGGCAAUACUAUGAUUCUGAGCGCGAGGAGGAUACGUAUAGGCAGAUACAUAUUGAUAUACCGAGGAUGAGUCCGUUGGUUGCUCUGUUUCAGCAGAUCACAGUACAAGUGAUGUUCGAACGAAUCCUAUACAUCUGGGCAAUCCGUCACCCGGCAUCGGGUUACGUGCAAGGCAUAAACGACCUCGUCACUCCCUUCUUCAUGGUGUUCCUCCAAGAGUCAGCACCGAAUAAGGAGCUGGAUAACUUUCCUUUAGACUCGCUUACGGAAGAGCAGCGGGAUAUUAUAGAGGCUGAUUCCUUUUGGUGCCUUUCAAAGUUCCUGGAUAGUAUCCAGGAUAAUUAUAUAUUCGCGCAGCUCGGUAUACAAUAUAAGGUGAAUCAACUAAAAGAAUUAAUCCGUCGCAUCGAUCUGCCCCUCCACGAGCACCUUCAAACCCACGGUGUCGACUACCUUCAAUUCUCAUUUCGCUGGAUGAACAACCUCCUCACUAGAGAAAUACCCCUCCCUUGCACUAUCAGGCUAUGGGACACCUAUCUUGCCGAAUCUGACGGCUUUGCAACUUUCCAACUGUACGUUUGCGCGGCAUUCCUCCUACAUUGGCGCGAAAGACUCAUGCAAGAAAGGGACUUUCAAGGUCUCAUGAUCCUUCUACAGAACGUUCCCACACAAAACUGGACCGACUCCAACAUCAGCAUGCUCGUCGCUGAAGCUUACAGGUUAAAGUUCGCGUUCGCGGAUGCUCCGAACCAUUUGCACAACGCGGGAAAAUCUGACAGAUGACGGGAAUGACGCGUGUCUAUGGUCAACCUUUUGCGCCACGUUUACACUUUCGAUACAACGCCAUUUGUCUAUGCUAAAGCUUUAUAUGUUAGGAAAAGUGUAAAUUUGGUAAACGAAAUUUAAAUUUUGCAACGGCAUGGCGACACGACUGUUGAGGGACCGAACGAAAUUGCGUACAGCAGGGUAAUAUGACCUUGAAUGGUAAGCUUUAAGUUUUUUCUCGGUGGUUGUUUAAGGCCUAAAAAUGUUUUCGCAAGGGCGUUCGCUCAUGUAUAAAGACCUUUUAUUUUUAAUUUUUUUUUGUCUAUCAUUUAUGUAUUUUAUGAGUAUGUUAUUUUAGUUAGAUUUUAUUUUAGCACUGUAUGUUUAUGAAGUGUUUUUUGACGCCUUAAUAAAAU